AUGUUAUUACAGCUCUACACCCUUUCACUAUUGCAUGCUGUUGCUUUUGCCCUGGCAGAUUCUGAUGGUAUCCCAGUGGUGGGGGUUGAUCUGGAGCCGUUUUCGUCGGUGUCGAAGGGCGAUCUCGAGCGUGAUGCCCAGCCGGUGACGACGUUGAGCGAGCAGUGCAAGAGAUUUGUAAAUCACUAUCGCUACUACUGCCGAAAGUCGAACAUCGCGCGCUACAACGAGGAGAUCCGGAUCAUAUGCGAGCGAUACCGGGCCUAUUGCUCGGAUCGCGUCUACCCGGCUAUAAAUCAUCUACGCCGCCAAGUGGUCAUGUGGGAAAAAGCCGGCAUCCCGAAACGCCAUGUGAACAAGCUGAAGCGCUGCUAUCGGGGCUGCAAACAGACAGAGGUAUUAUGCGUCAAUGCCUGCGAAUGUAUCCACCUUCAAUGGAUCUUGGACGAGCCGUGCUCGCCGGGAAUCAAGGCCCAGGCUUCACCGAACUGCCAGCGAUGGUACCAAAAAUGUCGCGGAAUCUGGGCGCCACUUCCGGAUUACACGCCAGCCAAAUAUUCCGAAAUGGCGCCACCUCCUCUGGUCCGUGGAAUCUUCUAUGGGUACGAGCCGUUGGCGGCCCGGCAAACGUUCGACCACCCGCGCGACCACGGUGUGUCGUUCUGGCGCGGCACGCAGACGACUUUGGUCGAUUGGCCGGAAGGAAAAUUCACGUACGCCCGUACGUACGAGGUGCCAUUCGCCGGAGUCAACGUCAUUGUGCCGAACGUGCACGUCGGCUUCCCGAACUUGCAGCAAGCUAUGCGAGAGGCGACGAAGGCAAAUCCCGACCCUCUCAACCCUGGGACGGGCCGGAAGCUGUUGCAGCGCUAU